GUCCUCACAGGGAUGGACGCGGUAGACGAGCGAUAACAUGCUCUAAAUGAGGCAGUAGAAAGUGGAGCCACGAGAAAAGUACUGAUGCAGGCCACACUAAUGGUUCCAAAGUGAGUCUCAGACCUGCGGACCGCUGACAAUAUGAAGAGCGCCUGGAUCCUGAUCCAUCUGUUGCUCCUGAACACCACUCGGCCUGCAGGCUGUUCACCACUAAAGGUUCAGGCUUUUCUGGAAAAAUAUGGCUACCUCCAUCAGGACAACCACAUACACAACUCAGUGGAGGUGCAGUCAGCCAUCCGGGAGUUCCAGUGGCUGUCACGCCUUCCUGUCACUGGAAAACUGGACAGCGCCACCCAGAGGCAGAUGGCAGAGCCCCGCUGCGGCGUGUCGGAUGAAGGCAGUCAGAAGACAUGGGCUCAGCGGUUAAACGUCAUCUUCACAGGAAGGCGACCACAACGCCACAGGAAACGAUCUGCUCCUCAAGGUGAUAAGUGGUACAAGCAUCACCUGACCUAUCAAAUAGUCAACUGGCCUCGCCACCUGUCCCUUGGUUCUGUACGGAUGGGGGUACACACCGCCUUUCAGCUGUGGAGCAAUGUGUCAGGCCUGGUCUUCCAGGAGGCCCUAGAAGGUCCUGCUGACAUUCGACUGGCGUUUUAUGAGGGAGACCACAAUGACGGGGCAAGCAAUGCUUUUGAUGGCCCAGGGGGUACUUUGGCUCACGCGUUCCUGCCUCGCAGGGGGGAAGCCCAUUUUGACAUGGCAGAGAGGUGGACACUAAAUGGACACAAGGGACACAAUUUGUUCAUAGUGACUGCCCAUGAGAUUGGACACACUCUGGGACUGGAGCACUCUCCUGUCCGUCAUGCGCUGAUGUCGCCAUACUACAGGAAGCUCGGCCGGAGCCUGGUGCUGAGCUGGGAUGAUGUCAUCGCAGUGCAGCAGCUGUAUGGUAAGCCAUUGGGUGUUCAAGUGGUCAGGUUGUCUGGUCAGGUCUUAUAUGCUGCGCUGCAGGAGUGGGACAUUAGUGAGACUCAUGACGGCCAUCAGAGCACAGACCAGCCUCUGUACUGCCAGGGUGCCUUCGAUGCCAUCACUGUGGACCAGAAUCAGACGGUGAUGGUGUUUCGAGGCAGUGUGUACUGGGCGGUACGGGCUGAGGGGACAGUGAGUGGCCCGCUGCCUCUACGUCAGCGUUGGCCACGCCUCCCUCUAGCCAUCGAAGCUGCUGCCUUCUCACCGCUGGACUCCAGGUGGUACUUUUUUAAAGGGAAGUGGAUGUGGCGCUAUGCAGGCAGUGAGCUGGACCCGGGCUUCCCCAGGAGCAGCAGUGAUUUGGGUCUUCCUCGACACCCUGACUCUGCCUUCUAUUAUGCCCCUCUGGGUCACAUGGUCCUCUUCAGGGGCACUCGCUACUCAGUCCUCAACCUCAAAACCCUGCAGUUAGAACCCUACUACCCCCGCAGACUAACAGAUUGGACUGGGGUGCCACAGGGGACCAACGGGGCGCUGACCCGUCCAGAUGGGAACCUUUACCUGUUUAGACAGCAGCAGUUCUGGAGAUUUGACCCAGUCAAAGUACAAGUCACCAGGGAAGGCCUGUGGGCCACGGAGCUUCAGUGGACUGGAUGUAGAACUCUUGAGAGCAAUGACAUCCUUUGACCAGCAGAGGGAGCUGUAAGCUUUAAAUCGUGCAAUGUAGACCACGUUGAGCUCAUUUGCAGUCGAUUAAUUACUGCUUGAUACAAAUACCAGAGCAGAUGAGGAGUCUUAAAAGCUAUUCAUGAACUUGGUUUUACUGUGGGGGACUUCUGCAGACGAACGUGAAUUAUGAAUUACUACUUUUAUAUGAAUCAAAACGUCUGCCUGUAUGACAAGCACUUCUUUGCCUCACAUCAUCUCAUUAACAUAACUUUUAUAUCACAACGCAGCCGGAACGCUCUCUUUUCGCACAAUGAAACUGAAUGCUUUUAUGAGCUCUUCUGCAAUCAGAUGCACAUUUUGUAUAAAACUGUUACACAUUCGU